AUGCCACCACUAGUGGCCAGCAUUGUCGUCAUCAUCAUCAUCAUCAUCAUCAUCAACCAGACACAACACAGCCAAUUCAAUUACACAACGGCAGCCUGUCAACGGCCAUCCAUCUCCCGUCCCAAUCGUGCAUGGCCCCGGAUGCAGCCCAUCACUGGACUGCAUCUCCCCUUUGCCGCUAGCCCGUCCACGUCCCUCCCUAUCAAAGGCCCCGAACCAAAAAGUCGCUGGCCCGGUGGCUUGACUCCCCCCUCGGGAACACGCCGCGGCUUCACUUUGCUCCCCCCAAACAAGCAGCGCACCGGCUUUUUCUAG